AGGAUAAGAAGCAAUAUGAUGCAGAGUGGCAAUUUCUCUAAGGCAUAUCCAAUGAAAGGUGGACAUGGCCUUCAUAGCUAUUCCAACAACUCCACUCACCAGAGGGGAGCUAUAGAUGCAGUAAAGGAAGUCAUCAAUGAGGCAAUUAUUGAAAAGCUUGACAUCAAUAUCCUUUCUUUGCCUAACAAAACCUUUCAAAUCGCAGACAUGGGUUGCUCUACAGGGCCUAACACAUUCAUUGCAAUUCAGAACAUAGUUGAAGUUAUAGAGAACAAGUACCAAUGCCAAUUAGAGUUCCAAGUUUUCUUUAAUGAUCAUGUUUCCAAUGAUUUCAACACUCUCUUCUCUUCCCUCCCUCUCAACAAGCAAUAUUACCCUAUGGGUGUGCCAGGAUCUUUUCAUGGUCGCUUAUUUCCUAACGCUAGUCUCCAUAUUGUGCACUCUUCCUAUGCCCUCGAAUGGCUUUCACAAGUGCCAAAAGAGGUAAUGGACAAAAGCUCAGCUGCUUGGAAUAAAGGGAAAAUCUACUAUUCUAGUGCAGGAGAUGAAACUAUCAAGGCUUACACAGAGCAGUUUGGCAAGGACAUGGAUUGCUUUUUGAAAUGUAGGGCAAAAGAGGUUCUUCCUGGUGGGUUGAUUCUGCUUUCAUUUCCUGGCCGCUUGAGUGAAACUCCUCAUUCUCAAGUUUUUUCCAACAUAGCGUAUGAUCUCUUAGGUUCUUGCCUCGUGGAGAUGGCUAAUAAGGGAAUCAUAAGUGAAGAGAAAGUGGAUACCUUUAAUAUACCAAUAUACUUCACCUCUCCACAAGAAGUAGAAGCAGCUGUAGAAAGAAACGGGUGUUUCAGCGUAGAAAGAGUAAUUUGCAUACCCCAAAAGAAGACCCAAGAUAGCAUUUCAACAAAAGCAAAAGCAAUAUCAUCCCACAUGAGAGCUGGUAUGGAAGCACUUUUGAAAGAGCACUUUGGAGAUGAGAUCAUGGAUCAACUCUUUGACAACUUUCUUCAACAACUCCAUAAGUCUCAUGCUUUUCAAUUUGGGGUAGCUUUUACUGUGUUCUUAGUACUCAAACGCAAUGAAAUUUAUUAGAAGAUGUAGUAAUAUGUAAUUUGAACCCAUUCAACUUUCUAAUUACUGUUA